UUUAAAGAUGUCAUUCUAAUAUGUAGAAUGUAGUUGUCCAAAGAGAGGAAUAGAGAGUCCGUCCGAGUUUGAUUUUUGUGUGUUUAUUAAUUUUGUAAUUUAUGCGUCUGUGAGCACUUUUCUCUUUAUUUUCAACGUAGUUCUCAAAGAUAUUUCACUUUGGGGCUUGAGUACUAAAGAACACAUUUGAGUGGCCGCCACGGAACGUACUAGUCUCUAUAUGUUUUGUAAACAAUAAGCCAUUUGCUUCCUGUCUGUAUACCUACGAACUAUGUAGUAACAAUAACGUAGAUAUUGUGGGUGAAUACGGAAAUUAGGGUUUUUUCUUUGUCUAGUAUUUAGUCUAUUUUCCCCAUGAAAUAGCUAUUUUAAACGUAUCUUAACUUUGAGAUAUUUUAUGACUUUCGGUCUAAUGAAUUCUCUAAUCAAAAUGCUCUAUGAAUAAUUGAGAGGAAAAAAGAUAAGAUAUAAAAUGGAGAAUGGGACAUGGACAUGUGAAGAUAUCAACAUCGGGUGCUACAUUUUCUUUUUGUCAAUAAUGUGCAUCUGACCAGGCCCAUAUCUUAACCUUUUUGUCACAUUUGUAUACGUAAUGAUUUGAGAUAUACGGUAAUAUUCACGAAGAAAUGCUUAAUAUAGAACAGGCAGUCAAAACCUAAAUUUACUUAAAAUUACCCAAACUCACCCAGUUUUACUACGAUAUCAUUUCUGCGGCUGUUAACUUUUAUGCCUUUUUCGACGUAGUUCUCAAAAAUAUGUCGUUUAUUUUUGGCUUAUAUGAAUAUAGAGGAACACGAGUGCCCGCCACGAAAUGUAUCUGUACUAACAUGUGGACUGUAUUGUGUUUUUUUAGCGAAUAAGCAAAUGCGUUAUUGACUUAUUGUUCUCUCUCUCUUUCUUGGUCAAGAUUCAAGAACACGUCGUUUUUUUAUUAUUUUCUUGUCGUCCAAGUUUAUCUACUUCUAUCGAGUCAAUAUAUAUACAUAUAUCUAUGCAAAAACAAAUAUACACACUCACACCAUCCAAAUCAAAUCAAAGCAAAAACAGAAAGUAAAGGUUAGAGAGAGUUCCUCAUGGCUUCUGAAACAUCCCAACAACUUCAUCCACCUCUUCACUUUGUUCUCUUCCCUUUCAUGGCUCAAGGCCACAUGAUCCCCAUGGUUGAUAUUGCAAGGCUUUUGGCUCAGCGUGGUGUGACCAUAACAAUUGUCACGACGCCUCAGAACGAAGCGAGGUUCAAGAACAUUCUAAGCCGAGCCAUCCAGUCCGGCUUGCCCAUUAGGCUGGAGCAUGUGAAGAUUACAUUUCAAGAAGUUGGUCUGCUUGAAGAACACGAAAACGUAGAUUCUCUUGACUCAAUGGAGCUGAUCGUACCUUUCUUUAAAGCAGUGAACAUGGUCGAAGAGCCGGUCAUGAAGCUCAUGGAAGAGAUGAAACCUAAACCAACAUGUCUAAUAUCUGACUUUUGUUUGCCUUACACAAGCAAAAUCGCCAAGAAGCUCAAUAUCCCAAAGAUCGUUUUUCAUGGCGUAUCUAGCUUUUGUCUUCUGUGUAUGCAUAUUCUACACCGAAACCUAGAGAUCCUGGAGGCCUUAAAGUCAGACAAAGAGCGUUUCUUGGUUCCUAAUUUUCCUGAUAGAGUUGAAUUUACAAAACCUCAAGUUACUAUAGCAAAUGAUAGUGGAGAGUGGAAACAAAUCUUGGCUGAACAGGUUGAAGCUGAUGACACAUCAUAUGGUGUAAUCAUCAACACAUUUCAAGAGUUGGAGUCUGCUUAUGUGAAGGACUACAAGGAGGCUAGGGCUGGUAAAGUAUGGUCCAUUGGACCUGUUUCCUUGUGCAACAAGGUAGGAGUAGACAAGGCCCAAAGGGGGAAGCAAGCUGCUAUUGAUCAAGAUGAGUGUCUUAAAUGGCUUGAUUCUAAAGAAAAAAGGUCAGUGUUAUAUGUUUGUCUUGGAAGUAUAUGCAACGUUCCUCUUGCUCAGCUCAAAGAGCUAGGGCUAGGCCUUGAAGAAUCUCAAAGACCUUUCAUCUGGGUGAUAAGAGGUUGGGAGAAGUAUAAUGAGCUAGCUGAGUGGUUCUUGGAGAGCGGUUUCGAAGAAAGAAACAAAGAAAGAGGGCUCCUAAUCAAAGGAUGGUCACCUCAAAUCCUUAUCCUUUCACACCCUGCCGUUGGAGGAUUCUUGACACAUUGUGGAUGGAACUCGACUCUUGAAGGAAUCACCUCAGGUGUUCCAUUGAUCACUUGGCCAUUGUUUGGAGACCAGUUCUGCAACCAGAAACUGGUCGUGGAGGUUUUAAAAGCGGGUGUAAGUGUUGGGGUUGAAGAGGUCAUGAGAUUUGGUGAAGAGGAGAAGAUAGGAGUGUUGGUGGAUAGAGAAGGAGUGAAGAAGGCAGUGGAAGAUUUAAUGGGUGAGAGUGAGGAGGGAAAAGAGAGAAGAAAGAGAGUUAAAGAGCUUGGAGAAUUAGCUCACAAGGCUGUUGAAGAAGAAGGCUCUUCUCACUCCAACAUCACAUGCUUCCUUGAAGACAUGGUGCAAGUAGCACAAUCCAAGAAGUGAUGUAUUGUUGUUACUCUCUAUUAUAUCAUUGAUCAUGUAAUAUUUUAUCAGCUAUUAAACUUCACAAAAAAAUUAUCAUUUAUGUAUGGUUGAAUAAUCGAAUUUAUAUCAAAUUAUAUACACUAAAUAGUUUUUUUUUUUCAUAUUCAAACAUUUAAAUAGUGGGAAAAGCAAGUUUAUAAUAUUUUGUUUUGUUAAACAGAGAGUUGAAAGCUAGACAAGUGGUUCUGAAGAUUACAGCUGCGGUAUUGCUUCUAGCGACUCCUCAGAGCUUUACAUAUAUAUAAUCACUGUGUUUUAUUUUCUUGUUGAAGACUUAUCAACAACCCUUUUCCUCCUUAUGACAAAGUUGAUUUUGACGUAUGCUACAAAGUAUGAAGAUUUUUAGUUUCUCUAGUUACUAAUAUGAUAUGGGCUUUGAGAAUUUGUGUUACUAGAACGCCCAAUAAUAUAUCAAAGCCCAAUAAUAUAUCAAAGCCCAUUAACUCGGAAGUGAGAUGAAUGAUCAGAUCUUGAACUGGAAAUAACACUCUCAUAUAAGUGUCACUGUCCCUGAAAUUGAUCUUCCCGACAACAACCCACGACACCAUCACAGAGAAAAUGUAGUGUUGUUAUUAACCUGUGCAAAUCCAUGUAAUAUUAACAUAGAUAUAAUUUAAUAAAAAAAUGAGUUUAAGCUUCGAAUCGAAGAAACACCAAUGCCUUGUUUUCCUGAAGUUCAAGUUGCAAUUGACAAGUGAAAAUCAUAUAUGAUCAGUGAUUCAAAUUCAUCUGGGAAGUAUAAAAUCAAAUCUGAAAAAUAUGAAUGGAUGUGGAGUUGGAGCUACAAUAAAAAAAAAACGUAGCCAAGGGAAAUAUGGCAUAUCCAAUAGAAGAUUCUUAAUUCUCGUCCUAUAUAGUUUCACAAUAUAUACUUUUAUUUUUAUAAAAUCAAUAAACAAAAAGUUAAUCAGUAGCAGUGUUAGUGUAUAGCACUACUUUCCUAUGACUCAAAAGUCUCAAACAAAAUGUUGCUUCGCCUUUUCACGAUUCAAAUAUUUUGAAUAUUUUCUAAAAUACUGUAACAACCAUAAAUUCAAAAUACAAAACUGUGGUUACACGGUAUAACGUAUAGCAAGGUUGCUCGUUAAAAGAUAUCAGUUAAUCUCACAUAGUAGCAUACACGUGAAUCAACAACAUAAAUACAUAAACAACUGAUCGUCACCGAAGUAUAUAAUCAAUAUGGCGAAUUGGUGAUUCGUGUGAUGUUUAAUGGUUUACGUAACUAUAGACUAUGUGUAUAUCUUAGGUUUAAAACAUGAACCAGAAUAACAAAAAUAAAGUUGCAUGGGUGAGAUUUUAGUUGUUUGAUGUUUUGUAGGCAUUUUGCACGCACAGAAUAUAAAUAUACAACACGUCAAGUCAUCGCAUACGUAUGAUCCAUUACAGGGUUUAUCACACGUAUUGCUUUUGUUUGUUUAAUUUCAUAGGUACUAUCAAUGUAUUCAUCAGACAAGAUAACUCAUGAAAUCGGAUCCCAUUUUCUUAAAGUAAACGAGAAAGUAAAGUAUAUAUUUUAUGGCGUGUGAUUGGAGCUGAAGUGAAAAGGGUAGCCAAUGAAAAUAUGGCAUAUCCUUGGAAGAUUCCCAAUUUCUCAACCCAUCAUUUUUUUUUUCAAAAUAUUUAAUAUUAUCACACUUUAUCACAUGGAUGUAACUUUGCUAGCGUAGAAGGGACAUUAUAGAUGUAUGUAUUUGUGCGAGUCUAUAAAGAAAGCAUAAAAGCAUCAUAUGAAACCCUCUCUCCACAACACCGAAACAUGACGGUGGUGUUGGCUCUUCUCGAAGAGCCUCAGGAAGUUUGAACCCAGCAAGCGGGUUCUUCUCUAUAUAUGUAGAUUGGGCAACUCGAUCUGAUCCUUUGGCAUUUCCUCUAUCUGAUUGAAGAAGAAGAAGAAGAAGAAGGAAGAUGAUGUGUGUAUCUUCUUCUAACUUUUGAGAGUUCUGUUCAACUUGUGUUUGGUUCACUGUUUCGCUUCUUCUGGUUUAUAUUAUUUGUUUUGUUAUGUCUUUUUGAUUAUCUCUCCAUCUGUGUGUUAGUAACGUGAUGAUUACUACCCUAAUGUUUUAUGAGUUGAUGCUGAAUUCUAUAGUAUCUUAAUGGUUUAUACUGUA